GAAGACCAUGCAGGCGGAGCGCCUGCUGGCGGCCGACAGCGCCUUCAGCCAUCUCAUGGUCGAGGGCCUGAACACGCCACUUGGUCCGAUCGCCGCCCCGGUCCAGGUCCGCACCCGAGACUGCCUCUUCAUCGAAGUCCCCGUGUCCCUGCCAGACAGCGUCGCCCAAUAG